AUACUGCUUGUUUGGAGAUACGGUCAAUACCGCCAGCCGGAUGGAGUCUACUAGUAUCGCAGACCGAAUACAGGCAUCAGAAAACACGAUCAAUCUGUUAAAAAAUUAUCCUCAGUUUGUUUACGAAGAACGAGGUGAAACCGAAGUAAAGGGAAAAGGUCGCAUGAAGACGUAUUGGAUUUUGGGUGUUAAAGAAAUGCAACCUGAUGCAAAAGCCUGAAA